AUGCACUUGUUGAUCAAUACCAUCGCCCUUGCUAGUCGAAAACCUGGAAGUCCUAGACAAGACAUCUACCAAGAAUUUGCCGAUCUCAAGCGCAGAGGAGUCGGAAGGCUCCUUGAGCCCGUCGACGUCAACGUCGAUGACGACAAAAAGAACAUCCUCUUCGUCACUCAGGUCUACCCACAGCCCAGGGAGGAGGAUCUUGAGCUGAUUCGCGCCGUCACCCCCAGCUUUAGUGCCGCGCCCACGGCUGGUUCGGUUGCUUCCUCUGCCGGCGCUUGCGCCGGCGUGGGACUCUCGUUUAAUGAGGUCAUCUUGACCUCCUGGCUUACGCUUUCGCAAAGCUUGGGCUGCAUUCCAUCCCUACCGGUGCUCCUCAUUCGGGAGGUACCGCUGCCAGCGCUGCCAGCGCUUCCCGCCUGGCAUGCCUUCUGUUGA